AUGAUUGGUAAGCAAUCGCACAAAGGAAAUUUGCCAAACAAGAUGAGGGCUUCUGGCGCGAAGGGUGGGAGAUUGGACAAUCUCCAGCAGUUCCUUGAGACACACCCCACAUCUAUUCAAGCCCUAGACCAUUUUGCUGCCAUUCCAUGGAUCAACAAGUUCCUGACCAACCCAGCCUACAAGGCAAUUCCAACAUAUGGUCGUGUUCGAAAAUCAGACAACACUGAGGACUGGUUCUUUGCCCAAACCACCAACAGCCCAACCACAAUCCCACACUUCCUGACAUUGCAACGAAAAGAUUUCUGUCCGCUACCAGAAAGUCCAAGGGGGACAAUAUCUCUCAGCGCAGGCCCGCGGACGACACCGUACCGCGCCCCAGAAUACCCAGAUUGUAUUACGUUCCUUGACUUAGGGUCUCCCGGGCUGGACGGACACUCUGGGAUACUCCAUGGUGGGAUGGCCGGAGCUAUUUUGGACGAGACUUUGGGUCUCACGGUCUCACUACACUUGGCCUCGCAUCCUAAACGCGGGUUGUCAGGGAUGACUGCAAGUUUACAUGUUACCUACCGGGCACCGGUGUUGACACCGAGCACUGUGGUUGUUCGCACCUGGGUUGAGGUACGUGAGGGGCGCAAGUGGGUGUGUAGAGGGCAGAUUGUGGAUGGGGAUGAUGUGGUUCUGACGGAGGGAGAGGCUCUGUUCGUCACUGGAGUGCAGAGUGCUACCUUGUAA